AAUGGCUCCGCUGGCAUGACGUCAGCGAUUAUGCUAAUGAAUGAUGAAGCAGUUGAAGGUUUUGGCAGAGCACAAUUCUCAUUCUAUCAUAUUGUGAAGAAAUUCUUCACGAAAUACGAAAACGUAAAAGAUUUUGCCACGGCUGCCGACAUUCCUUAUGAUACCCUUAAACAGACAUUUGAGGGCUACAACAAAUUUGUAAAAUCUACUAAAGAGGGAGCAAAAGACAAGGAUGCAUUUGGCAAGACCGUAUUCCCUGUAGCAUUUGACUUAGAGAAACCAAUCUAUGCAGCCAUCAUCACACCAGCAAUUCACUAUACUAUGGGUGGAUUGAAAAUCGAUAAGCAGGCACGUGUGAUUAAUGAGUAUACUACAGCACCAUUCAAAGGACUUCUAGCGGCAGGAGAAGUUACUGGUGCUGUUUUUGCAAAUUUUCAAUUUGUUCUCAUAGGUGGCGUCCAUGGUGCAAAUCGACUUGCUGGCAACUCUCUCCUCGAAUGUGUUGUAUUCGGCAGAGUUGCUGGAAGAAACGCAGCCGCCACAAACUACUCACAUGAGGAGUUGUGA